AUGUCAUGUCAGAGUAGACCUCCUUAUAAUGCAUCAUUAGAUGCAUCAACAGAGAUAGCAACUGAAAUAGCAGCAACAAUAACAGUAUCAGCAGUAAAUGAUGCAACAGCAGCAUUAGUAGCUGCAGCAAGUACAACAGUAGCAGUAACAACAUCAACAGGAGCAGCUGCACCAACAAAAGCAACAGCUGUUGCAAGAGCAUCAACAGCUGCAAUAUCAGCAAAAGCAGAAGAUCAGCAUCAACUACAGAAGCAAGAAAAGCAGCACAAGCCAGAGAUCACAGCCUCCACAAGCCAGAGAUUACAGCCUCCACAAGCCAGAGAUUACAGCCUCCACAAGCCAGAGAUUACAGCCUCCACAAGCCAAAGAUCACAGCCUCCACAAGCCAGAGAUCACAGCCUCCACAAGCCAAAGAUCACAGCCUCCACAAGCCGUAGAUCACAGCCUCCACAAGCCAAAGAUCACAGCCUCCACAAGCCAAAGAUCACAGCCUCCACAAGCCAGAAAUCACAGCCUCCACAAGCCAGAAAUCACAGCCUCCACAAGCCAGAGAUUACAGCCUCCACAAGCCAGAGAUUACAGCCUUCACACGCCAGAGAUUACAGCCUUCACAAGCCAGAGAUUACAGCCUCCACAAGUCAGAGAUCACAGCCUCCACAAGCCAGAGAUCACAGCCUCCACAAGCCAGAGAUUACAGCCUCCACAAGCUAA